GCGCGAUCCUCCUUCCUUUCCUUCCCUCUCCCUCCUUCCCUUCCUUCCUACUUUCCUUCCGCCGGGCGCGAUGGAGCCUGGGCGCCAGGCGGCCGCGGCGCUGCUGGCGCUGCUGUGCGCCGGGUGCGCGCUGCGCUCGGGGCGCGCCCAGUACGAGCGCUACAGCUUCCGCAGCUUCCCGCGGGACGAGCUGAUGCCGCUGGAGUCGGCCUACAGGCACGCGCUGGACCAGUACAGCGGCGAGCACUGGGCCGAGAGCGUGGGCUACCUGGAGAUCAGCCUGCGGCUCCACCGCCUGCUGCGCGACAGCGAGGCCUUCUGCCACCGCAACUGCAGCGCGGCGCCCCAGCCCCAGCCCGACCCCGGCCUCGCCGGCUACCCCGAGCUGCGCCUCUUCGGGGGCCUGCUGCGCCGCGCUCAGUGCCUUAAACGCUGCAAGCAGGGCCUGCCAGCCUUCCGCCAGUCGCAGCCCAGCCGCGAGGUGCUGGCGGACUUCCAGCGCCGCGGGCCCCACAAGUUUCCGUUCGCCUACUUCAAGGCAAAUAAUCUCCCGAAAGCCAUCGCGGCGGCUCACACCUUCCUACUGAAGCAUCCCGACGAUGAAAUGAUGAAGAGAAACAUGGCGUAUUACAAGAGCUUGCCCGGAGCCGAGGACUACAUUAAGGACUUGGAAACCAAGUCGUACGAGAGCCUGUUCGUCCGAGCAGUGCGGGCGUACAAUGGCGAAAACUGGAGAACCUCCAUCACCGACAUGGAGCUGGCCCUUCCUGACUUCUUCAAAGCCUUUUACGAGUGUCUUGCAUCCUGUGAGGGCUCCAGGGAGAUCAAGGACUUCAAGGACUUCUACCUUUCCAUAGCAGAUCACUACAUAGAAGUUCUGCAAUGCAAGAUACAGUGUGAAGAGAACCUCACUCCUGUCAUAGGAGGCUAUCCGGUUGAGAAGUUUGUGGCAACCAUGUACCAUUAUCUACAGUUUGCUUAUUAUAAGUUGAAUGACCUGGAGAACGCGGCCCCGUGUGCGGUCAGUUACCUGCUCUUUGACCCGAGCGACAAGGUCAUGCAGCAGAACCUGGUGUAUUACCAGUACCACAGGGACAAGUGGGGACUCUCGGACGAGCACUUCCAGCCCAGACCGGAAGCAGUGCAGUUCUUCAACGUGACCACACUCCAGAAAGAGCUGAAUGAGUUUGCUAAGGAAAACAUCGUGGAUGAUGAUGAGGGGGAGGUCGUGGAAUACGUGGAUGACCUCUUGGAACUGGAGGAGACCAGCUAGACCACCACCACCAGAGGCUUCCUCUUGAUGUUCAGGAAACAGAGUCUUUGUCCCCCCUUCUCCAAUAGCCCGGGCGUUGCUUUCUCAGAGCCUUCUCGUUACUGUAGAAAGUGAAAGGGAAACCUCCGUCUUGCUCACCUCAUCUAAUCCGGGGUGCGCCUGCCUUCCCAUGUUCUCACCCACUUUCUGGUCUUCACACCUGCCUCCCAUGUUCACACCUGUCUUCCACAUGUUCACACCUACCUUCUGGUCUUCAUACCUGCCUCCCCAUGUUCACACCUGUCUUCCACAUGUUCACACCUACCUUCUGGUCUUCACACCUGCAUCCCCAUGUUCACACCUGCCUCCCCAUGUUCACACCUGUCUUCCACAUGUUCACACCUGUCUUCCCAUCUUCACCUUCAUCUUCCUCUUGUUCACUACUGUCUUCCCUAUGUUUGUACUGGUUUUCUACAUGUUCACACGUGUAGUCAUUACAUGUCUCCCAUCUUCACAGCCAUCUCUCCUGUAUUCACGCCUGUCUUCUCCACAUUCACAUCUAGCUUCCCAUCUUCACACCGACUUCCCUGUGUCCACACCUGUCUUCUCCAUGUUCACACUGACUUCCCUGUGCCCACACCUGUCUUCUCCGUGUUCGCCCUGGACUUCCCUGUGUCCACACCUGUCUUCUCCAUGUUCACACCGACUUCCCUGUGUCCACACCUGUCUUCUCCAUGUUCACACUGACUUCCCUGUGCCCACACCUGUCUUCUCCGUGUUCACCCUGGACUUCCCUGUGUCCACACCUGUCUUCUCCAUCUUCACACCGACUUCCCUGUGUCCACACCUGUCUUCUCCAUGUUCACACCGACUUCCCUGUGUCCACACCUGUCUUCUCCGUGUUCGCCCUGGACUUCCCUGUGUUCACACCUGUAUUCUUCAUGUUCGCACUGGACUUCCUGUGUUCACACCUGACUUCUCCGUGCCAUACCUGUCUCCCCACCUUCACACCUACCUUCCCUGUGUUCACACCUGUCCUUUCCAUGUUCACACCUGACUCCCCAGAUUCAUACCUGCCUUUCUCACCUUUUUGGUUUGAAGAGUCUUCAGUCAUUUGUUUUCCUUUGUUCCCUGAAAAUCAGUAUUAUUUUUUAAAUAAGAAAAACAUUUCUAAAAGACAGUCAUUGUGAAAAACCUA